GGAGCCUGUAUUUUUAGCCAGAUGCCGUGGAACUUGCUGGCGCUCCCCGCGCCGCCGAGCAGAUAACGGGGGAGGAGGAGCAGGCAGCCGGCUCGGGUUUCCGCGCGGGCGCCGACGAUGGCAGCGCGACAGGGCAGGUCCGGUCCAGACCCCGCGGCUGAUGCUGCUACCAGCUUUCUGAGGGCAGCCAGAUCAGGCAACUUGGACAAAGCUUUGGAUCACCUGAGGAAUGGAGUAGACAUUAACACCUGCAACCAGAAUGGGCUGAAUGGCUUGCACCUGGCCUCCAAAGAAGGCCAUGUGAAGAUGGUGGUUGAACUUCUGCACAAAGAAAUCAUUCUAGAAACAACAACCAAGAAAGGGAACACUGCUCUGCACAUAGCUGCGCUCGCUGGCCAGGAUGAGGUGGUCCGGGAACUCGUCAACUAUGGUGCCAACGUCAACGCCCAGUCACAGAAAGGCUUUACACCCCUGUACAUGGCAGCACAGGAGAAUCACUUGGAAGUGGUUAAGUUUUUACUGGAAAAUGGAGCUAAUCAGAAUGUGGCCACAGAGGACGGCUUCACUCCCCUGGCUGUGGCUCUGCAGCAGGGCCACGAGAACGUAGUGGCACACCUCAUCAACUACGGGACGAAAGGGAAGGUGCGCCUGCCCGCCCUGCACAUAGCGGCCCGCAACGAUGACACCCGGACAGCGGCUGUGCUUCUGCAGAACGACCCCAACCCAGAUGUGCUUUCCAAGACGGGAUUCACCCCGCUCCACAUCGCAGCUCACUACGAGAACCUCAACGUGGCCCAGCUGCUCCUCAACAGGGGGGCCAACGUCAACUUCACACCGCAGAACGGCAUCACGCCACUGCACAUCGCCUCCCGCAGGGGCAACGUGAUCAUGGUGCGGCUCCUGCUGGACCGCAGGGCUCAGAUAGAAACAAGGACCAAGGAUGAAUUGACACCUCUCCACUGUGCAGCUCGGAAUGGCCACGUGCGAAUCUCAGAGAUCCUGCUGGACCACGGGGCCCCCAUCCAAGCCAAAACCAAGAAUGGCUUAUCCCCAAUUCACAUGGCGGCUCAGGGAGACCACCUCGACUGUGUCCGACUUCUAUUGCAAUACAAUGCAGAGAUAGACGACAUCACCCUGGACCACCUGACCCCACUCCAUGUGGCAGCCCACUGCGGCCAUCACAGGGUGGCCAAGGUCCUGUUGGAUAAAGGGGCCAAACCAAAUGCCAGGGCCCUGAACGGCUUUACCCCCUUACACAUCGCCUGUAAGAAGAACCAUAUCCGGGUCAUGGAGCUGCUGCUGAAGACGGGUGCCUCCAUCGACGCUGUCACCGAGUCUGGCCUGACCCCUCUCCACGUGGCCGCAUUCAUGGGGCACCUGCCCAUCGUGAAGAACCUCCUGCAACGGGGGGCAUCGCCCAACGUCUCCAACGUGAAAGUGGAGACCCCGCUCCACAUGGCAGCCAGAGCCGGGCACACAGAAGUGGCCAAAUAUUUGCUCCAAAACAAAGCCAAAGUCAAUGCCAAGGCCAAGGAUGACCAGACCCCACUUCACUGUGCAGCUCGGGUUGGCCACACAAACAUGGUGAAGCUCCUGCUAGAAAAUAAUGCCAACCCCAACCUGGCCACCACAGCUGGGCACACCCCCCUGCACACUGCAGCCCGAGAGGGCCACAUGGAGAUAGCCCAGGCCCUUCUGGAAAAGGACGCAUCCCGGGCAUGCGUGACCAAGAAAGGAUUUACCCCUCUCCAUGUGGCUGCUAAGAAUGGGAGGGUCCGGGUGGCAGAGCUGCUGCUGGAGCGGGACGCGCAUCCCAACGCCGCAGGAAAAAACGGCUUGACUCCCCUGCACGUGGCUGUGCAUUACAACUCCCUGGAGAUCGUCAAGCUGCUGCUUCCCCAUGGCGGCUCCCCGCACAGCCCGGCCUGGAAUGGCUACACGCCUCUGCACAUCGCUGCCAAGCAGAACCAGGUGGAGGUGGCCCACUGUCUGCUGCAGUACGGGGGCUCGGCGAACGCCGAGUCGGUGCAAGGCGUGACACCCCUUCACCUGGCAGCCCAGAAGGGCCAUGAAGAGAUGGUGGCUCUGCUACUCUCGAAACAAGCCAAUGGCAACCUGGGAAACAAGAGUGGACUCACUCCCCUCCAUCUGGUGGCACAAGAAGGCCAUAUCUCAGUGGCAGACAUGCUGAUCAAACACGGUGUCACAGUGGAUGCCACCACCCGGAUGGGUUAUACUCCACUCCACGUGGCCAGUCACUAUGGAAAUAUCAAGCUGGUGAAGUUUUUGCUACAGCACCAUGCAGACGUCAAUGCAAAAACUAAGCUGGGAUACAGCCCCUUGCACCAGGCGGCCCAACAGGGACAUACCGACAUUGUGACACUGCUUCUCAAAAAUGGUGCUUCCCCAAACGAGGUCAGCUCGAAUGGAACCACACCUCUGGCAAUAGCCAAGCGCUUGGGCUACAUUUCUGUAACAGACGUGCUCAAGGUUGUCACAGAUGAAACCAGUUUCGCGUUCAUUGAUGACAAGCACCGGAUGAGUUUCCCUGAGACGGUAGAUGAGUUCCUGGAUGUUUCCGAAGAUGAAGGAACCGCUCAUAUAACUAUAAUGGGGGAAGAAUUUGUUUCCAAGGUCAGGAGGCGGGACUUCAGAGAUAUGGAUGAAGAGCUGCUGGAUUUCAUGCCAAAGCUAGAUCAAGUGAUGGAGUCACCAGCCAUCCCAAAGGUUCCCUGUGUCACCCCUGAGAUGAUGAUGAGAUCAGAAGAGCCAGAACAGGCAUCUAAGGAGUAUGAUGAGGACUCACUCAUCCCCAGCAGCCCAGCCACAGAGACCUCGGACAACAUCAGCCCAGUGGCCAGCCCCGUCCACACAGGGUUCCUGGUGAGCUUCAUGGUGGACGCCCGGGGAGGCUCCAUGAGGGGCAGCCGGCACAACGGCCUGCGGGUGGUCAUCCCGCCACGGACGUGCGCGGCGCCCACACGCAUCACCUGCCGCCUGGUCAAGCCUCAGAAGCUGAGCACGCCACCCUCGCUGGCUGAGGAGGAGGGCCUGGCCAGCAGGAUCAUCGCACUGGGGCCCACAGGGGUCCAGUUCCUGAGCCCUGUGAUAGUGGAGAUCCCCCACUUUGCGUCCCACGGCCGUGGGGACCGUGAGCUCGUGGUGCUGCGCAGUGAAAAUGGCUCCAUGUGGAAGGAACACAAGAGCCGCUAUGAAGAAAGCUACCCGGAUCAGAUCCUCAACGGGAUGGACGAAGAGCUGGAGAGCCUGGAGGAGCUGGAGAAGAAGAGGGUGUGCCGCAUCAUCACCACCGACUUCCCCUUGUACUUUGUGGUCAUGUCCCGGCUCUGCCAAGACUGUGACUACAUUGACCCCAAGGGGGGCUCCCUGAAGAGCAAGCUCGUUCCCCUGGUGCAGGCGACGUUCCCAGAAAAUGCCGUCACCAAAAGAGUGAAGCUGGCUUUGCAGGCCCAGCCAGUACCGGAUGAGCUGGUCACUAAGCUCCUGGGCAACCAGGCCACCUUUAGCCCCAUUGUCACCGUGGAGCCACGGCGCCGCAAGUUCUACCGGCCCAUUGGACUCCGGAUCCCACUGCCGCCUUCCUGGAUGGACGACCCGAGGGACAGCGGGGAGGGCGACACUACCAGCCUGCGCCUGCUCUGCAGCGUCACUGGAGGAACAGACCAAGCCCAGUGGGAAGAUAUAACAGGAACAACCAAGCUCGUGUAUGCUAACGAAUGUGCUGCCUUCACCACCAAUGUGUCUGCCAGGUUUUGGCUGUCGGACUGUCCUCGGACUGCUGAAGCCGUGAACUUCGCCACUCUGCUGUACAGGGAGCUUGCCGCCGUGCCCUACAUGGCCAAGUUUGUUAUCUUUGCUAAGAUGAAUGACCCCCGAGAGGGGCGACUUCGCUGCUACUGCAUGACGGACGAUAAAGUGGACAAGACUCUGGAGCAUCACGAGAACUUCGUGGAGGUGGCCCGGAGCAGGGACAUCGAGGUUUUGGAAGGCAUGCCCCUUUUUGCAGAACUCUUCGGGAACCUGGUACCCAUCAAAACAGCUACCCAACAGCGGAGUUUCUACUUCCAGUCAUUUCGGGAGAAUCGUUUGGCCAUACCUGUAAAGGUGAGGGACAGCAGUCGAGAACCGGGAGGGUCCCUGUCUUUUCUGCGCAAGGCGAUGAAGUAUGAGGACACACAGCACGUUCUCUGCCAUUUGAACAUCACCAUGCCCCCCUGCACCAAGGCGAGCGGAGCCGAGGAGAGGAGGAGGACCCUGACCCCACUGGCCCUGAGAUACAGCAUCCUCAGCGAGUCCACACAGGGUUUUCUCAGUGGGACGGACCGAGCCGAUAUGAAGAUGGCUAUUAUAUCAGAACACCUUGGCCUCAGCUGGGCAGAGCUGGCCCGGGAGCUGCGGUUCAGCGUGGAAGACAUCAACAGAAUCCGCGUGGAAAACCCCAACUCCCUGCUGGAGCAGAGUGCAGCCUUGCUGAACCUGUGGCUCCUCCGUGAAGAAGAAAACGCAAACAUGGAGAGGCUGUACGCGGCCCUGCGGAACAUCGACCGCAGUGAGAUCGUGAACAUGCUGGAGGGCUCCGGCCGGCAGAGCCGCGGUCUGAGGCCGGACCGGCGGCGCCCCGACCAGGACGACGCGUCGCCACCCGCCCAGGUGAAUGGUUACUCCUCGCUGCAGGACGAGCUGCUGUCCCCCGCCUCCCUGCACUACGCGCUUCCCUCUCCACUGCGUGCAGACAAGUACUGGAACGAGGUGGCCGUCAUAGACGCCAUCCCCUUCGCGGCCACGGAGCAUGACGUGAUGCUGGAGAUUUCUGACAUGCAGCUGUGGUCUGGGGGCCUCACACCGUCCCUGGUCACUGCUGAGGACUCCUCUCUGGAGUGCAGCAAGGCCGAGGACUCUGACGCCACCGGCCACGAGUCGAAGCUGGAGGGGCCACUCUCUGAGAGACCCCAAGGCUCUCUGGACCUUGUGGAGGAUGACACAGUGGAUUUAAGUGCCACAGAUAGCCUUAUCGAUUUGCUUGACCAGGAGGCAGGUCAGAGGUCAGAAGAGAAGCUGCCAGGUCAUACGAGGCAGGAGGACCUGACAGGUGCAGGGCAGGAUUCAGAGAGUGAAGUGUCUCUUGUUUCAGGCCAGCAGAGGGUGCAAGCCCACAUCACAGAAUCCCCUUCCGUGAGCCGGGUGGAGGUGAGCGAGGACAGGCUGCCGGGCUGGGAUAGAGAAGGUUCCAUUUCUUCAUACCUGCAAGAUGCUGCACAAGAUCCUGGGCAGGAAGAGGUCACUCAAGACCCAGACUCAUCCCAGAGAACUGCCACCGUUGUUGCUGAGUCUGAGGAGCAUGAGGAGGAAAAUGAGCUUCAGAAUAUUCCAGGGGAGCAGGUGACUGAGGAACAAUUCACAGAUGAGCAGGGCAACAUUGUCACCAAGAAGAUCAUUCGCAAAGUUGUUCGGCAGAUAGAGUCGUCUGGUGCCGGCGACACCCAGGAGCACGAAGAGGUGAUUGUUGAGGGGUUCCUGGAGGAUCCUAGUGUGACGGAAGCUGAUAUUGAAAAUUUUAUGAAACACGCCAAGGUGGAGUUGAGGGGGAGGAGGCUGCAGCCGGACCUGCUAGAGGGCAGGAAGGGGGCUCAGAUAGUGAAGCGGGCCAGCCUGAAGAGGGGGAAGCAGUGACCGCUGCCCGUCCCCUCGAAUGGCCUCCUUGGAGGAUCACACCUCGACACCCAACCCUUGAACUCCACACACUCUGCCAUGCAUGCAGGAGGAGAGCUGGACUGGACGGAGGGCUACAGAAGUAGCACCCGUGUUCCUCUAGGCUAACAGCAUGAGCUCUGUAAGGGACUUCCCUUAGUCUCCUAUUCUCAUGAAGGACUGACUGUAGACGCAUGACCUACAGUCCUCAGUCCUGCCUCUAGUGACGAUGGAUCUCGGUCGGGAAUCAGGAGAAAAACAAGAAGUGGGGAGAGAGAGAGAGACAGAGAAAGCACAUGCAAGAGAGCGUAUGAAUGCAAAAGUGAACAAGGGCUCUUUUGUGGCUGGGGGGGAUCUAUUUUUUUUAAUCAUUAUAAUUUUGACUUGUUACAGGGUACUUUUUUUCCAACCUCAUCUGUAAAUCCACGUGAGCUUCCUGGAAAGAAAAAAAAGAAAACUAGGCAUGUAAUCCUUAUUCCCACGUCUUCACCCACCAGUCUUCUCACCUGUGCACACCUCCAUUCCAUUUGUGACAGUCCCCUGCCUCUGCCCAGUGGACCGCUCCUCCCAGAACGCUCUACAUGACAUUCAGGACACACACACACACACACACACACACACACACACACACACACACACACCUCCCUCUAUACACACAGAUUUUACUGUGAUGUCCGAAGCUGUAUAGACUGUGGAUAUCCUGGAAUUUUUUUAUGUUGUCUCUCUCUCUCUCUGCCAGUUUCAGUAUUAAUCAUCUUUCAAUGGAAAAUCAUUACCUUUAGAGAGCAGUCGUGGUUCCCUGGUUUAGGGACUUAAGAAUCUGAGGGGAGGACCCCCAGGCUUAGCUCUGGGCCUCAAACAAAGCCAGCACCCCAUCUGAAAGGUGGGGGCAGGCCAGUGGCUGUCCCAGGAUUGCACCAGCGUGUUCAAUAGAGAAGAGGUUUUCUGUAUCUUCAAGCACUUAUAUCAUAGUCUGUGUUCAAAGUGUAAACUGUACAGUAAUCAGCCUUGUGUAUAUGAAAAACAAUAAAUACUAUGCAAACGAAUAGAAAAACACUUUAGCAGUAUGUACAAAGCACUAACAGCUCGGCUCCUGAGGACCUCUCCCGGCUGCAGGAGAAGGAGCUACUACAGCCUGUCUUUCAGUCAAGACGAAGGACGGGAGCAGGGCUACCAAUGUAUGAAUGAAUGGAUCUGCCCGUUCUUAGAAGUCAGCCACCACCUCCAAGGCCUCCCGGCGCCGCCUUGGUGCUCUAAGUCCAGGCAGCCCCCAGGACGGGGGCCCCCGCGGAGAGACAGCAAGCUGCCGGCUCCUGACCACGUGCCCAGGGGAGGCCGGCCGCAGGGGGAGAGCCCUGGCCGCCAGGAGGCCCGGCCCCGGGUCAGGGCACAGACGGACGGCCGUUCCUGCCUCGGUGCCCCCAGGGAAGAGCCUUAAAGUCACACUGGGGCCUCGGCGGAGGGAGGCCCGAAACAGCACAACCCCGCCCGCCGCGCGGCGGCGCCCCCCGGGCCAGGAGAGAGACUGGUGGGCCCUUCUCGCUCUUGGAGCCGCUGGUGGUGGGUGUCCAGCCACCUGCCCCCUGCUGCCCCCUCCUGCGGUGCCCUAGGCACACAAACCUUCCAAGUAGCACAGAAGCUCCCUCAGUGUCCGGGUCCCGCGGCCGUCUCGGGGGACCCGGAGACCCGGGCUGUUCGCUUUUGCUUUCGGAGGCGCGGGCGGGGCACGGGAAGGCCCUGCUCGCGGCCUCGAUCCCCGGGGUGCGGGAGCGCAGCGCCCCCCGGUGGCCGCCCGGCCCGGGGACGGCCGCGGAGACCAGCGCAGGGGUGCCUCCCCGCCCCGGCCGGCCGGCCGCCCACCCUCGGCUCAGGCUCCGCUUUGGCACCUCGCGAUCUGUCCGGCAUGGCUGCUUGGCCCGCCGGCCCCAGGCCGCCGGCGGCAUGGCUGCUCGCGCCGGUGGCUAGUAGGAGCUGUUAGGAGAGAAGUUCGGGGUCUCCACACGAUGCCUAGAGAAUGCUGCAGUCUGCACAUUAGAUGCUUUUUAGAAGUUUUGAAAUUACCUUUUUUAAUUGUUAUGAUAAUGACCUUUCUGGACUCUCCCACAUGCUCUGUGAUUGGGAGAGACCCCCCCACCCUACUUUGAUGUAUAGCCCGUCUCCCUACACCAGCUGAACAAAUGUCAAAAUUAAUAAAGAAAUUGACUCGUG